AUGCUCGGAGAAUCGAAGAUGAUAACGGAGUGGCCAGCGAAGAGAGUCAGGGAAACUUUUAUCGACUUCUUCAUCAGGAAAUCCCACAAGAACUGGUCAUCAAGCCCCGUUGUUCCUGACAAUGAUCCUACUCUUCUAUUCGCUAAUGCUGGAAUGAACCAGUUUAAGCCAAUAUUUUUGGGGACGGCUGAUCCAAAAUCGGAGCUGAGCAAGCUAAAGCGUGCAUGCAACACGCAGAAGUGUAUACGUGCUGGUGGAAAACAUAACGAUCUUGACGAUGUGGGUAAAGAUACUUACCAUCACACCUUCUUUGAGAUGCUCGGCAACUGGUCUUUUGGAGAUUAUUUCAAGAAGGAAGCCAUUGAAUGGGCUUGGGAGCUUUUAACCAAGGUCUAUGGCCUACCAAGUGAUCGAAUUUACGCUACCUAUUUUGAGGGUGAUGAGAAAUCUGGCAUUCGACCGGACAAUGAGGCUAGAGAUAUAUGGCUUAAAUAUCUUCCACCUGGACGUGUGCUUCCCUUUGGUUGCAAAGACAACUUUUGGGAAAUGGGAGACACUGGUCCCUGUGGACCUUGUUCUGAAAUUCAUUAUGAUCGUGUUGGUAACCGUGAUGCUGCAUCCUUAGUUAACAAGGACGAUCCAACUUGUUUAGAAAUAUGGAAUCUUGUCUUUAUUCAGUUCAACAGAGAAACCAAAGAUGGCCCACUAAAACCUCUGCCUUCUAAGCAUGUUGAUACCGGAAUGGGUUUCGAGAGAUUGACUUCUGUUCUCCAGAAUAAAAUGAGCAACUAUGAUACAGAUGUCUUCUUGCCUAUUUUUGAUGACAUCCAAAAGGCCACUGGAGCUAGGCCAUACUCUGGAAAAGUUGGUCAAGACGAUGUUGACAGAGUUGACACAGCAUAUAGAGUGGUCGCUGAUCAUAUUAGAACUUUAUCAAUUGCUAUUGCGGAUGGAUCUCGUCCUGGUAAUGAGGGUCGUCAGCAUGUUCUAAGGAGUAUUCUUCGUCGAGCAGUUCGCUAUGGAACAGAGAUUUUAAAAGCCGAGGAAGGGUUUUUCAACGGACUUGUGAGCUCAGUUAUUCGUGUUAUGGGCGAUGUCUUUACGGAGUUGAAGGAACAUGAAAAGAAGAUCACAGAGAUCAUUAAAGAAGAGGAAGCAAGCUUUUGCAAAACCUUGGAAAAGGGAAUUGAGCAGUUUCGGAAAGAUGCUAAGGCAGUUCAGGGGAAUACACUGAAUGGAGAGAAAGCUUUUAACUUGUGGUCUACAUAUGGUUUCCCAUUAGAUUUGACUCAGUUGAUGGCUGACGAGAUAGGAUUGGUGGUUGACGUUGAGGGUUUCAACAAAGCUGAUCAAGAGGCAAAAGAAAAAUCGAAGAUUGCCCAAAAAAAUCAAUCUGGUAUUGCCAUUGUUAUGAGUGUUGAUGCUACAUCAACAUUGGUCAAAACUGGCGUUUCAGCAACAGAUGAUUCUUUCAAAUACAUUUGGUUCCAGGGUUGUCUUAUUUAUCCAGACGUUUUGAAAACGGAUCACGAGACUGAAGUAAAAGCUAUCUACAAUGGCUCUGCUUUAGUGGAAAGUUUUGCCGGUGACGAUGAAGUUGGUCUGGUAUUAGCAUCUACAAGUUUCUAUGCCGAGCAAGGUGGUCAGAUUUUUGACACAGGACUUAUGGAAGGCUCAUUUGGUACAUUCAAAGUAUGCAAUGUGAAAACAGUUAAGGGCUUUGUUCUUCAUAGUGGUAGUCUCUCUAGUAAAACUGGAAAAGUAACGGUGGGGGAUAAAGUGACCUGCAAGGUUGAUUACGAGAGACGCAAACUCAUCGCUAACAAUCAUACUUGUACGCAUAUGUUGAAUUUUGCCCUGAAGGAAUGUAAAUAUAAAGUGCUUGGGGAUCAUAUUAAACAGAAGGGAUCAAUCGUUCUUCCUGAAAAACUGCGGUUUGAUUUUUCCAACGGCGAACCGGUUAACCCUGAAGAUUUGAGAAAGAUCGAUUGUAUAGUGAAUAAAAGGAUCAAGGACGAACUUGAUGUAUUUUCCACGAAAGCACCGCUUUCUGAAGCCAAACGUAUCAAGGGUCUAAGAGAAGCAUUAGGAGAAGCCUCCUAUGAUCCUGUAAGAGUGGUGGCAAUUGGAAGACAAGUGGAGGAUCUCUUGUCUGAUCCUGAAAGCGAUGAAUGGUCAUCGAUUUCCUCUGAGUUCUGUGGAGGAACCCACAUAAGAAACACUCGUGAAGCCAAAGCGUUUGCUAUAGUAUCAGAGGAGGGAGUGGCCAAAGGUAUUCGCAGGAUAACGGCUUUCACUGGUGAAGCUGCUUUAAAUGCGAUCAAUCUUGCGUCGUUGCUCGAGAAAGAAGUAGAGGAUGCAUCCAAAGCAGAGGGAGCUGGACUGGAUGAGAAGGUUACGUCUUUGAAAAGACGAGCUGUUACCGAGGUUAUCCCAGCAGGAAACAAGGCAGAUCUCAUAGCCAAAAUUGCUCUGCUUCAGACCAAAACGAGAAAAGCUCAAAAGGAAAAAGCAGAGCAAAACCGUCUGAAUGCAGUCAAAGCAGCAACAGAGGCAGCUGUUUCAGCAGAAGAAGAUGACAAGAGCUUUUGCAUUGCCCAGCUUGACGUGGGUCUUGAUUCAGCAGCGCUGAGAGAAGCCGUUUCAGAAAUUAUGGGAAAGAAGGAAAUGCCGGUAAUGAUGUUGAGCACAGAUGAAACCACAAAGAAGGCGGUUUUCUGUGCAGGAGUUCCGGAUCGGUUUAAGCAGUUAGAUGUCGCUGAAUGGUGUACGGUUCUCUCGGGUCCUCUCAAAGGGGAAUGCGGGAUAGCCAAAGGUGGUCCCGCUUCAGGACGGGGGACGGAUGCUUCUCAAGCAGAGAAGGCUUUGCAUUUAGCUGAAUCGUUUGCAUCAUUGAAGCUUACUCCAUCUGUUAUUUUGUGAAACUGCUUUUGGCUCACCGAG